AGUCGAGUAAACAUGAGAAAAAUGACUAGCAGAAUGCAAAUAUGAACGCUUGUCAAGAGGUUGUAUCGUCAACUGCCAAGUUAUUGGAUGUCUCCAAGUACAAUCUGCGGUGUAAUCGCAAUAUCAGUGAGAAAAUGACGAAGAAAGACUUCAUCUACGACAUCCCAACACCGAUGCAAACUGUGAGAAAGUUCGAGACACAAAGACAACCAAUUAUCCUACUACGACGAAAAGAUAUUGGUACGAAAAUGCCGCAUUACACUGUAAUUUCUGAGAAACGGAUGGACAGUGGUGGCAGCGGUGAUGCGGCUGUUGUUGCCGAUCGACGUAUUUUAAGAUACUCGUGCAAUCUUUGUCAAGAACCGAUGGCAACUUUAUUUUCUCUGUCAACACACGUCAAAUUUCACUGCCAGAGAUACUGUAAGAUAUGCUACUGGAUUCUGCGUGAAAACGAGACAAUGGAACGACACAUCGGUAAUUAUCAUCGAACCGUGCCAGAGAUCGCAAGUUUCUAGUGCCUGAAAAUCCGCUCAAAAACAUCGAAGUAAUAACGCCUGUUCUUAAUCAAAUGCCUAUUUAAAGGCUUUUAUUUAAUAUUUAAAAUG